CAUUCUACAAACGUAUGCCACUGCUCAUAAAUUCUGGGUGUUAUGAGAUUGAUGCUUAUAAGUUAUAUCGUGUGAGAGAGGCAAGAAUUGAUUCCAUUCAAUCUACUCAUUCAUACGCUAUCUUUUCCCCUGCAUCACCAUACACUCUCGAAGCUACUCCGCUUUAAUUCACAUAUAAAAUUCGAAGAAAAAAAGGUGCUCCAGAAUCUGUGCUAGUUUCCUCGUAGUUGCAGCCUGCGUAAAGCGAGGGAUUCUCGUAAUUUAUAAACUCGUAGCCAGUUUCUCAACGGAGCCGAAGAAGAUGCGAUGGGUAAUCUGUUGUUCCGGUCUCGGAAGCGCGCCGGCAACCGCAGCGCCACUGCCGUUCUAAGGACUCGCUCCCGUCCGAUUUCCCGCGGUCGGUCGAGGAGCUCGCGUUCAUCUUCGUUUGCUGGCAAUCCGGAGAGAGACCUUGAUCGUUCCUUUUCUGCUUCCACUUCUGUAAAUAUCAAACAAACCAGAGGCAGUGCAGCAGCUGGCAUGAGCUCCGGCGUCGACAGGAAGAAAAAGUAUGGUUACAUUCCCGAUUACUUCACCUCCUUCGACCAGGUGACAGCGGCAUUAAGAGAAGCUGGACUGGAAUCAUCAAAUCUAAUUCUUGGAAUUGAUUUUACUAAAAGCAAUGAAUGGACAGGCAAAGUUUCAUUCAAUAACCGUAGCCUGCAUGCUAUUGGUGAUACGUCAAAUCCAUACGAAAAAGCUAUAUCCAUCAUUGGGAAGACUUUGGCCCCGUUUGAUGAAGACAAUUUGAUUCCUUGUUUCGGGUUUGGUGAUGCAACCACGCAUGAUCAGGAAGUAUUUAGCUUUCACAGCGAUCACUCUUCUUGCCAUGGGUUUGAAGAAGUUAUGGCCUGCUACAGAAGAAUAGUCCCAAAUUUACGAUUAUCUGGGCCAACAUCUUAUGGACCUGUUGUGGAUGCUGCAGUAGAUAUAGUGGAGAAAAAUGGUGGACAAUACCAUGUUUUGGUGAUCAUUGCUGAUGGGCAGGUCACCAGAAGUGUCAAUAUGGCAGAUGAUGAACUCAGCCCACAAGAAGAGAGAACCAUAAACUCCAUAGUGAAUGCAAGUCUCUAUCCUCUCUCAAUUGUUCUUGUUGGUGUUGGUGAUGGACCAUGGGAUGAUAUGAAGAAAUUUGAUGACAAAAUCCCUGCUCGCGAGUUCGAUAAUUUUCAGUUUGUUAAUUUUACUGAGAUCAUGUCAAAGUACACAUCAUCUGCUGAAAAAGAGACGGCUUUUGCUCUUGCUGCAUUGAUGGAAAUUCCUCUCCAGUAUAAAGCAGCCCGAGAAUUCGGUUUAUUAGGGCGAGUGACUGGCAAAGCUAAGAAAAUAGUUCCUAGGCCUCCACCGGUGCCAUACACACCACCAGUAUCACACAAUGGCCGAAGUGGAUUGUCACGAGAACCCAGCAACAGCUCAGCUUCUAUGCAAGAUGAACAAAAUCAGGUUUGCCCCGUUUGCUUAACCAAUACGAAGAACAUGGCCUUCAAUUGCGGGCACCUGACUUGUAGAGAGUGCAGCACAAGAUUAUCAGAGUGUCCCAUUUGCCGGAAACGCAUCACAAGUCGUCUCAGGCUGUAUUCUUGAUCAUCUCCAGCGUGAGAAGUGGUAGUAACUACAUAUACAUCCAGUUUCUGCAGAAGCACACAUGUGGGGUGGAAGAAUUUGUUUUCGGCUUUGCUCUCAUUUUCUUUUUCUUCUUCGUUCGGUGUGUGAUCGAUGUUAUGUGUGAUUGCAGUGGUGUUAAUCAACCGAUCAGGUGCUAAUAGCUAACUCGGUGUUGUGUGAGGCGUGAAUUUGUAUAUAUGAACCAUGAUAUGUAAAUAUGGCAGCUAUGUUUCUUGCCUUCAAGAUUGUAUCCUGCAAUGGUGUAAACCUCAGGAUUGUGAAUGUGUAGGAUUAUUCCAAGUAUUUCAUCUUAA